AUGCGGGUUUCACAGGCCUGCGCUUUCGCGGCAGCAGCACUCGCGCCCGCUGUUCUCGCCGAUGUAAAAUUCCUCACACCCAAAGGCGGGUCGAGUCUGCCCGUCGGCGCCAUAUCCGUCACAUGGGAGGACUCUGGCGAUUCCCCGAAACUUGAUGCCCUCGCGACAUAUACAAUUACUGUCCUGCUAGGCGGGAACGGCGCCACUGACAAUCAACCACUCAGCUCCGUGACUGGGUCUUUCUCGACAGGCAACAAAGCCACUAUUCCCGCUUUAGCACCAGAAAUGGCAGAUUCUACUAAGAACGGAUUCUACCUCAAGAUGGUAUCGACGGCUAGUGAAGGCGGCACAAUCAACAACUACUCGAAUCGCUUCACCAUUACGGGAAUGACCGGUAACACGCCACCCGAGUUUGAGAAAGCAGCAGCUGGCCUUGGUACCACCGACGUACCUGAGACGGAGAACAAUAUCGCGAACAAUGCAGCGGCGGGCGCAGGUGUGGCAGCAGGCGCGGGCGUGGCAGCAGGCGGUGCGGGAUUGUUUGGCGUGCCAUACGCCGACCAGACCGGCCUCACAAAAUAUGCACCGAUGCAGUCCGUACCGCCCACCAAAAUCACCAUGAAGGGUUACAAACCUUUGCACCCAACGAGCUCCUACAAGAUCGCAACAGCGGCUCUCCCAGUGGCUACAAUUGCAACCACCAUUACGCAGUCGCAGACAUUCUCCGUGGCCAUCCAAGAGAAUACUGCUGCUGCGCAGGCUGGACCUGAAGGCGAUAUGGCCAAGUUUCUUGCGCGAUGGAAGGAUUGA